AAUCGUGGAAAGCAGUACAAGAAUUUAACAAAGUUAAACAUUGAUGUGGAAGAGAAAAAUUGGGAUACAAAAUUGGCUAAGCUUAACCGAUUGUAUGAAAGGUCGGAAGUUAAUAGAGAUCGAAUGAAUCAGAGAGAUCGCCGUGAAACUAGAGGCACGAUGUCGUAUUUCAGAAACGGUUGGCGGCGAAAAAUGGGCAAACAACAAAAUGAACUUAUGUUUGAAGAUUUUGGAUUUGUAAAUAUGCAGGCCUGUCAAAAAAUGUUACAUGGUUCCGGAGCGUCAUCUUUGUACAAAAUUAACAAACGUGAAGAAUUCCUGUGUUAUAAUAGUGAACGGCGUUAUAUUACUGAGGAUGAUGCAGGAGCUCCAGCACUGCGCAAAGGACGCCUGGUGGCGGUGACAGUGGGUGGAGUAGACUUCGAGGGGGAACACGUCGCCGUCGGCAUGAAGAUGAUCUGCUUCUGCAGCUGGAUUGCUGAGAACCUACCGAAAAAAAAUGGACCAGAACUUCAGUGUUGUAAAAACUGUUGUGACUCCAGUACUGAAGAAACAGAAACAAAGAAAUCUAAAAAACAUACACGCAAAAAGAAGAAAUUGUGAUCAAAGUACAAUACGAUUGUUUUUUUUAAUUAAUUAAUGCGAAUUAUGACUGAUAUUUCUCUUUAAAUUCAGGAGAAACAC